CAAUUGAUUAGUGCUUGUAUGAUUGGUUGUGUUUGUGCGGGACUUUAUGACAGGUAUGAAGGAGCAGGAACAAAAGGGGCGGCGAUGAUUCACCGCAUAAAUAUGGCGUCGAGGAAGAAGGCAGGAAACGGCGUCCAGGAAAAGGGUGCAAAUGGAAAGCAAUUAGCAAAACAUAAAGACGGUCCUAUAGCAUUGUUCAGAUUCACCUAGACAUUGCAGUUUGGAGUCUCUAAUAAUGGACACUCGAUACAGUGAACCAAUCUAAUGUCAGCGACCGAUGAGAAUAUUGAGCAAAUUCAGAAUACAGCAGCUGAGAAACGUCAUAAACCUUAAGCACGAACAUGUGAAUGAUAAAUACAAAACUCUCAAAACUCUCAUGUGUGUCAAAGUAGAUCACAAUUCAUAGUGAUGGACACUAAAGCCGUUUUUGCAGCCGUGUAUGAGGUGUGUGAGGAGAACGCUGGUUUCUUCAGUGGCACGCAUGCAGGAGAUGCUCCACAGAGGCUGGUCGACGCUAUGUUGACCAUUCAGAAACACGCACGCAGCCUCGAGCCAGUUAUCAGUGGUUUUGCUGCCAUCUACCAUCACUUUGACUUUGACCCUCACAUUCCUGCUAAUGGAUACCGCUCACUUGUAAAGGUGGUGCGUUGCUGUCUUCUUCACAUCAUCUACAAAGCACGGCACAUUGCAUCCAACAGACGGAGCAUCUUUUUCCGUGCAGCCCAUCAUGCUGCAGAGAUGGAAGCUUACAGCUGUGCUCUGUGCCAGCUGAGGGCUCUGCUCUACCUCGCUCAGAGGCUGCUUCAUGACAACAGUCACGGCAACCUCUUCUUCAAAGAUGAGAAUGGUCUUAGCCAGCUCUUUCUAAAAGAGUACGCCUCCAUGCACAAAGGCUGCUUUUAUGGCCGCUGUGUUGGGUUCCAGUUCACUCCAGCCAUUCGCCCACACUUGCAGAGUAUUACUAUAGGCUUGGUUGCGUUCGGUGAUAACUACAAGAGGUAUCAUUCCAGCAUAGUGGAAACAGAAGCUAGUACAUCAUAUGGUCUUGCUGCUAGUUCCUUAUUCACCUCUGGAAAGUAUGCCCUCGAUCCGGAGCUGAGGGGCCUGGAGUAUGAGCGAAUCACUCAGAACUUGGACGUUCAUUUCUGGAAGACAUUCUGGAAUAUCACUGAAAGCGAAGUUUUGGCAGGCUUGGCAAGUAUGACUUCUACUCAGGUGAAGGUGAAUCGCACCCUCUCUGUGCCACCGGAUUGCUUCGAUCUACCCUUAGUGGACGAUCCCACACAUACGGUGACAAUCUCUGCUCCGAUUGCCCAUAUCGGCCCUGGCCCAGUUCAGAUGAGACUUAUCUCCAGUGAGCUGAGAGAAGGACAGGACAAUGAGAAGCUAUCAGCAAUAUCCCGUUCCGAUGGUGGCUCGAUCUCUCUGAGUCUAAAGAUUAAGAAGAGCCCUCCCUCUCCUUGGCUGGUGGUACAUUACCACGGAGGAGGUUUUGUUGCACAGACUUCUAAAUCACACGAGCCAUACCUCAAAUGUUGGUCUCAGGAACUGAAUGCCCCAAUUCUGUCAGUAGACUAUUCCCUUGCCCCUGAAGCCCCGUUUCCACGUGCACUGGAGGAGUGUUUCUUUGCAUACUGCUGGGCUAUCAAAAACCAUAACAUUUUGGGCUGGACAGGCGAGCGAGUGUGUUUGGCUGGUGAUAGUGCAGGGGGUAACCUGUGCAUCACUGUGUCAAUGAUGGCUGUGGCACAUCGAGUACGCUUACCGGAUGGCAUCAUGACCGCAUACCCUGCCUUCAUGCUCACCACCUGUGCCUCACCUUCACGUCUGCUCACCCUUAUGGAUCCUCUCCUUCCCCUAAGUGUACUAUCCCGUUGCCUCAAUGCUUAUGCAGGUUUGGAUCCUCAGGAGGAAGAACAGGUAGAGAAGGUGACUGCUCUGGGGACGGUAAGGAAGGACACUUCCCUGUUAUUCAAAGGCUUCAGACAGGGUGCGUCAAACUGGAUCCACUCACUCCUGGACCACAGCAAAGCAAGUGCAGAGACUGUGAGGAACAGUGUUUCUGAGGGGGCUCUAAGUUCUACCCAGCCUGACCCUCUGGUUCCAGGAACAUCCUCUGAGUUCUCAGUGAAAAAAGAAUCUCUGAAAAGCCACACAUUUGAGGGUCUGGUCAGCCACACUGCCAGCAAAUCUACCAGCAGCAAGCACAACAGCACCAGCUCUACUGCCAACCACAGUGCCAACCUCACGCUUCACUAUCAUCCUAUCCUCAACACCACAGAAAUCCUAGAAAGCAAGCCAGAGGAUAUAAGUAUACUUUUCUCCAAAGAAGAAGACCCCUUCGUGUCGAGUUCAAUCUUAUCCGUGGCAGUACCUCCCCCUGACGGGGAUGAACACUCUGAGAAUCCACAAGGGUUUCCUGGGGACUUUGAGCCCUUGCGCUCAGAGCAGCUUGCCAAAAUGAAUGUAGAUUCCUCCCCUAUCUUCAGAAAUCCAUUCAUGUCUCCUCUCCUGGCUCCAGAUCACAUGUUGAAGGGACUGCCCCCUGUUCAUAUAGUGGCCUGUGCUCUGGACCCCAUGUUAGACGACUCUGUAAUGUUUGCCAGACGGCUACGGAACAUUCAGCAGCCUGUGACUUUGUGUGUAGUGGACGACCUCCCACAUGGCUUCCUCAGCCUGUCACAGCUCUCUAAGGAAACCCAUGAGGCCUCUAUUGUCUGUAUGGAGAGGAUCAAAGAUGUCUUCAUUAGGAAAGACCAGCCUCCAGAGAUAAACAAACACCGCAAGCUGGAAAGGACAGACCACUGUGCUUCAGGUGCUUCUAAAAAAUUAUUUCAAACGACCACUAGUGAGGACGGAAGAGAAGGUGUAGUUUGACAGGUGGAGAGCGGUGAGGUGUCCAACAAAGAUGAAGUUUUGAGGUGAGAUUUGAAGGACAAAUUGUUUAAAUAAAAAAAAAGGAAGGUUUUUAAACAAAAGGAAUUUACAAGGACUCACUGGAACCACUGUGCAAUGAACCAGAUGAACAAGAAUUAGUAAGAUGCCGCAGUAACUUCUCACAGAAGACGUGUCAUAUGUAUUUGAGUCAGUAAAUAGCCAUGAGAGGGGACGCUACUGUUUUUGGGUUAGAAACGACUGUGCAUGUGCACUUGCACUUUUCAAGCACACAACUUUAACAAAACAUUGCCACUUUGCCUCUGCACUGUAUUGCUUUGUUGAGAUUCUGAUUCUGAAUCAUACGAAUACCAGCAUGGAAACAGAUGCUUCCUGUCGUGUCUAGGCGUGAAGCCGUAUCCUUGAAACGUUAUCAGAAUUUCUGAAACGCACAUUAUUACGGAACUUUAGCAAGCUUUAGGGAGUCAAAUCAAACCAAGUUCCUAUUUGUGGUAUAUACAGUCGUAUGCAAAAGUUUAGGAACCCCUGACAAGUUCCAUGAUUUUAAUUUAUAAAUAUUUGGGUGUUUGGAUCAGCAAUUUCAUUUUGAUCUAUCUAAUAACUGAAGGACACAGUAAUAAUUCAGUAGUAAAAUGAGGUUAACAGAAAAUGUGCAAUAUGCAUCCAAACCAAAUUAGACAGGUGCAUAAAUUCCCCCUGGAAAUUGUCAGGGGUUCCUAAAUUUUUGCAUAUGAUUGUGUAUAUGUAUGUAUGUAUGUAUGUAUGUAUGCAUUAUGUUGUGUAAAAGUGGUAGUUCUGCUGACUGUCAGAAGUGGAAUUCUGACCGCUUUUCAGUGUGAAUUUGUGUAUAGAUAGCUCCAGGCUUAAGGUUCUGUGCAAGUGAUCACAAUGCACAACAUUCGAUCCCCAAGCUUUCAGAUAAUCACUUUUGGGGCCUUAAUCCUGAACAUCUCAGCUCCAGGCUUGCAUAGUGUCUCAGUUGUCAGUCAGUUUGUGUAAAAGUGCCUGCUAAAUGAAUACAAGUAUAUUGUUUAUUACGUGUUAAGUACUUUAGAUUUAUUACAUGGUAUUUUAAGUAUUUUUGUAAGUGUUAAUUGGAGAAAGUUUAUUUUUACUUCUGAGGUUGAACAAUCGUGCAUAAUGUCGUUUAAUUAAAUAUGAAUUCAUCAGCAUUAAAGGACUGCUGGGCUUCAUAUACAGGAAGCUUGGACCUAUUUAGAAUUAUAAUAUAAACAACAUCAUCCACUUGAACACUUUAGCCUAGCAAUUGCUAAUGGAAUUCUAUUAAAAUACAUGAGGAAAUGUUUUUGCACUUUCUUCAAUCUGUAAUCUUUUUGCUUGCCUUAGUUACUGCUAUCACUACCUUUUUGCUUGCUUCUGAAACGUUCUGCACACUGACCCAUUUCUAUACCCCAGGAGGUAUUUUAGGGAACAUCCUUCAAUAACCUUGAACCAAUUGGGCAACACAUUUAGCAGGAGUCAGGCUUUGCUCCCUCGGCAGAUUUUCAUCUAAGAAAACGUUGUUUGACUCAACCAGACUUAGAUUUCUUUCCUCCCAAUUAAUAUAUUACAAAUUAUAGCAAAUUCUACAAUUUUUAGGGACGGACAAUUAUUCGUUAGCGCACUGUGCAGGAGAAAUAAGUUAACCCCAAACUAGAAACAGAGACUAUUCACAUAUUACUCUGCAUUCAUGCAUAUAUCUAUUUUUUGCAACGCUGUGCGACAGUUUAGAACUGCAGUAUUUGUAUGUUUGCUUGGAUUUGUCCCUAAAUCCGUUUCUAAAUGCCUGCAUGUUGCUGACUGGUAAAGUUUAUCUCUAUUCUGUACAAGUUCGUAUUUUCAACUAAUAAUGAUGAUAAUUCUGUUGAUAACCAGAAUGUAUCUGUGGCUGAUGUGUACAGUGCAGCAGGUGUGUAGGGAAUCGUGCCUGUUAGUAGUGUGUCACUUUGCCUGUUUAACCUUCAAAUCAAUGCUUUGUGAAAUUCAUUAGAGUUUAGUGAAAAGGGGAAAGAAAGAGACCGCAAACCCCUUUCUAAUGACUCAGUGGUGUCUUUUCCAUAGGAUUAAGGCAAGUGAAGUCAGGUUUUGGCAAGUUAGCCAAAAUCCCACCUUAUACAUUAUUCCUAGCUAAAUGCAAAUCUUAAUAAAUGUCUUAUUUACAACUAUAACAACAUAAGUGUUUCUGUUGGACAGCUGUUUCACUGAUUUGCCCGCUUUUCUAAAUCUUGUACAAACCCGCUGCCCAAUUUCGAUCCCUUGAGUCAUUAUUGCACAUAGAAAAAAAAUAUGUGAAUCACAGUAAGCGCUAAUAGUGGCCAUGUGUGGAACAAAUCAUGCUGCCCCUUGCUUUGAGGAGGAGCAAAGGACAGGACGGUUAAUCACAGGGUUGCCAGAAUAACUACUUAAACACCCAUUUGAGCAAGUUUUAUUUUAUGUAAAGGUUUCAAAAUUACUUUUCUCAAACUAAGGAAAAUUGGAAAUACUGACUGUGUCUAUGAUGUACAGAACCAUUUCUGAUAUAUGGCAGAUGUUUAAGGAGGAAUUAGGGAUUAUUAUCUGAACAUCAGAACUGCAUGUGCACCAUAGUGACCGCACAAAUUCUAAGAAAUUAAGAAGAAAAUUGUCUUCUUCCAAAUGCCUGAAUAUUAACAGCUA